GUAGGAAACAUUUGUCGUUCUCCAAUAGCUGAAGCAGUUUUUAGAAAACUUGUAACUGAUGAAAAACUUGAAAAUAAGUGGAGGAUAGACAGUGCAGCGACAUCUACCUAUGAAAUAGGAAGCCCUCCUGACUAUCGAGGACAGACUUGCAUGAAGAAGCAUGGCAUUACCAUGAAUCAUAUUGCCAGGCAGGUUACUAAAGAGGAUUUCCAGACCUUUGAUUAUAUACUUUGUAUGGAUGAGAGCAACCUAAGAGAUCUGAAAAGGAAAAGCAACCAAGUUGAAGACUGCAAGGCCAGAAUUGAGCUACUUGGAACUUACGAUCCACAGAAACAACUUAUCAUUGAAGAUCCAUACUAUGGAAACGAAAAGGACUUUGAAACUGUUUACGAGCAAUGUGUGAGAUGCUGCAAAGCAUUUUUGGAGAAGUCCCAUUAAUGCUUCAUAAAAUAAUUAGCUUUCCCUGAAAUUCAUAAGGUUUACUUGACUGAUGUAUUUAAAUUGUAAAAUAAUGCCUCAGUAGGUUCAAUACUUUUUCAGUUUAAUUUUAUAUGUUACCUUUU